UUUCAACACCAUAAAGUUUAUACAUAAUCACAAAAUUUCAUUCCGUGGACUUUUUUAGACACUGGAAAUUCUGAAUUUCGUCCUCAAGUUACCAUGCACCAUUUAUCCUUCCACUUUGUUUCUUCCCUGAUAUGUCUAGCUCCUUGGAAUGUGCUGUCCGCUCCAACAUAUCAAUAUCAUCGUGAACCUCAAGCUAAUGAGGCCUUUGCUUCAAGGGACUACUUUUAUGUUGGUGGUGAAUAUGUCACUAGUACGACCAAUAAUACGUUGUUUAUGAACCAGAUGUAUGUGGAACAUCUCGUUCCAAGUCGAAUUGAACAACCCUAUCCUAUUGUAUUUAUCCAUGGUCAAAGCAUGACUGGUACCAAUUGGCUCAACAAACCCGACGGAUCACCAGGAUGGGCAAGCUAUUUCUUAUCCCAUGGCUAUGAGAUAUACAUCAUAGACCAACCUGCGAGAGGUAGAAGCGCGUGGAAUCCAAACGGUAAUACAACAUUGGUGACUUAUACUGCGGAGAUAACAAUGCAGAGGUUCACGGCGACGGAGAGAUAUAACAUGUGGCCUCAAGCAGCGUUGCAUACUCAGUGGCCUGGUAAUGGCUCAAUAGGGGACCCCAUCUUCGACGCUUUCUAUACAUCUACCGUCCAAUUUCAAUCUGACACAGUAGUUCAAGAGAUCAACACGCAAAAGGCGGGAGCGGCGCUCCUCAAUCGCAUAGGCCCUGCAGUUCUACUGAGUCACUCGCAAGGUGGUCUUAUGCCCUGGGUUAUUGCAGACAAAGUUCCAGAAUUGGUGAAAGCCAUCGUAGCGAUCGAACCGACUGGUCCUCCAUUCCAAGAUGUACUCUUCCCUCCAACGACACCAGAAGGUUUUACCAGAAACUAUGGAAUUACAGAUAUUUCAUUGCAGUAUGAACCGGAUUUCGGAACUGGAGAAGUAUUAGAGAAAACUCUAGUCACAAACCAAAAAGCUGAAGAUAACGAGUUAAAAGAAUGUUGGUUACAAAGAGAGCCAGCGAGACAGCUCAAAAAUCUCAAGGGAAUUAAAGUCUUGGUGGAAUCGGCAGAGGCGAGCUUUCAUAGGGUUUACGACGGAUGUACGGUGGAAUAUCUAAAGCAAGCGGGCGUGGAGGUGCAGUGGAUGAAGCUAGGUGAUGAGAAGGAUCCCCGAGUGGCUGAAAUACAUGGGAAUGGUCAUAUGCAGUUUAUGGAGAAAAAUAGUGAUAUUAUUGCUGGAGUGUUGGAUGAAUGGAUAAGAGAAGCUGUUGGAGAAAAUUAAGGCGUAUCGGGAAGUUCCAAUCUACAUUCUCCAGGGUGUAUCGAUAUUCUCGCAACCCCUCGUUGUCCGAUUUCUCCAAGGCCGGGAACCCCCGAAUGCUAGAUAGCAUAAUAUUAUCAUUCUUUCCUUGGUUUUAAGAGCUUCGAGGUCAGUAUUUACGAUUCAUAUCCUCCCAUUCCAGUGCUUUGCAAAAGAGAAUAAAUUUCCUCGUUGCGAAAUUUCAGAUGGGUUGGUUUCCAUCUUAUCCCACCCCCACAUCACUAGCCACAUAACACGCGAAUCAAAAUCGUAGUGAGAUGAGCUACUUCACAAAACUUGGCAUCGGCUUUUGGAUCCAGCGCGACUUUAGUCUUGUUCGAUCUCCUCCAAGUUUGGUUUUCGUACAAUCGUGUUGAGGCCUUCGAAAUCGGGGAUAGCCGAAUCAAAGUUCUUGUCAUGGAAUAGGAGAGAAGCGAGGGCCUUCCAGAUUUGAGGAAUAUGAAUUGUAGUGGUGAUACUUAUUUUCAGUUGGUUCGGAUCAAGCAAACUCUCGUCUUUACAUACCCAGUACCUAUCGAACUUGCUCAAAAGCCGGAUUUUCUAGUGCAGCUGGCUGCUUGCUGCAGGACAGAUACGGGUCGCGAUGUAGAAUUGCAUUUGAUGAUCUCCUUGGCACUUUGGAUAUCAUACUUCCCCACAUUUUGGCUCUCUUUAAGGUUGAUUUGACGUCUUGGGAAAGUUAAUUAAGGUGUUAUUUCUUGGAAUUUAGAGUAUCGAAGUCAUCGAUGGUUUUUGUAAAGAGCGAUUGAGUGAGAGUUUGACGAGUUUAUUCAAUUUAAACCAAUCCAAUUCAUCGAGAUGGGGUUGUAUUGUCUGUUUGAGUAUAGAUAUUGUCCGCUCAGAAAGAAGGAAAUGGAAGCUUAUGUAUAAACUUUUA